AUGGCGGAGUCCGGGUGGAGACUGAGUUCUGCAAUGAUCCCCGCCGCCGGCUACCCCGCAGUUGGGGCGAGUCCUACUCUGUUCCGAGACUAUGCCGGCAAGCAUCCUCUUCGCCGAAGCAGGCGCCACCACUGGCGCAUCGUGGCAGUCAUUGGUGCAGUGGGCUAUCAGUUGCUUUUUUUUUCCUCCCCCAACCCCCCAUCAGUUGCUUUCAACAAGGUUAAUAGAUGUAAUCCUCUCUUCUGCCUUUACAGAUUUGCUGCUAUUCAUGCUGAGGCUCCCGAAUUUAUGAAAGUUGAACAGGAAAUUCUGGUAACUGGUAUCAAGGUUGUGGAUCUGCUAGCUCCCUAUGCCAAGGGUGGCAAAAUUGGGCUCUUUGGUGGUGCCGGAGUUGGCAAGACUGUACUGAUCAUGGAGUUAAUCAAUAAUGUCGCCAAAGCCCAUGGUGGUUACUCUGUGUUUGCUGGUGUUGGUGAGAGGACCCGUGAGGGCAAUGACUUAUACCAUGAAAUGAUUGAGUCUGGCGUUAUCAACUUAAAAGAUGCUACCUCCAAGGUGGCACUGGUGUACGGUCAAAUGAAUGAACCACCCGGUGCUCGUGCCCGGGUAGCUCUGACGGGACUGACUGUGGCUGAAUACUUCAGAGACCAAGAAGGUCAAGAUGUACUGCUGUUUAUUGAUAACAUCUUCCGCUUCACCCAGGCUGGCUCAGAGGUAUCUGCCUUAUUGGGCAGAAUCCCUUCUGCUGUGGGCUAUCAGCCUACUCUGGCCACUGACAUGGGUACUAUGCAGGAAAGAAUCACCACCACCAAGAAGGGAUCUAUCACCUCUGUGCAGGCUAUCUAUGUGCCUGCUGAUGACUUGACUGAUCCUGCCCCUGCCACUACCUUUGCCCAUUUGGAUGCUACCACUGUGCUGUCCCGUGCUAUCGCUGAACUGGGCAUCUAUCCAGCUGUGGAUCCUCUAGACUCCACCUCUCGCAUCAUGGAUCCCAACAUUGUUGGCAAUGAGCAUUAUGACGUUGCCCGUGGGGUACAAAAGAUCCUGCAAGACUACAAGUCCCUUCAGGACAUCAUUGCCAUUCUAGGUAUGGAUGAACUUUCUGAGGAAGACAAGUUGACUGUGUCCCGUGCACGAAAAAUACAGCGUUUCUUGUCUCAGCCAUUCCAGGUUGCUGAGGUCUUUACAGGUCAUAUGGGGAAGCUGGUACCACUGAAGGAAACUAUCAAAGGAUUCCAGCAGAUUUUGGCAGGUGAGGUUUUAAGUGUAAAGCUGAACAUAAAAUGAUAGAAAAACUGAAAU